UAUGUAUUAUUACAAUAUUAUAUCUUCACCUUUUAUGUUUUAUUUCAAUUGUAGGUAUCAUGAAAUCGAUGCUAUGGACCAGCUUUUACUUACUCUGAGAUACUAUGCUACUGGCAGCUUCUAUAUAACUGUAGGGGAUUUUGUAGGAGUUUACAAGACAACUGCAGGUAGAAUAAUCAGAAGAGUUACAGAAGCACUGGUAUCUUUACGCCCUAAUUAUAUAAAAUUUCCACGAAAUGAGGACGAAAUGAGAAUAAAGAAGCAAGGUUUUUAUCAAUUGGCACGGUUUCCUCGAGUAUUAGGUGCAAUUGAUUGUACCCAUAUAAGAAUACAAUCUCCAGGGGGAGAUAAUGCAGAGUUUUUUCGGAACAGAAAGAACUUCUUCUCCAUUAAUGUACAGGUAGUAUCUGAUAGCAAUAACAUGAUAAUGGACAUAGUGGCAAGAUGGCCAGGGUCAAGUCAUGAUAGUAAUAUCUUUCAAAAUUCCAUUAUACGAAGAAGAUUUGAAUAUGGUGAUUUUGGUAAUGCUGUAUUGUUAGGGGAUAGUGGGUAUCCACUACGUGACUAUCUUAUGACACCAUUAGCAGAAACAAGAAGUCAACAAGGGGACGUUUUCAACGUGGCCGAGGAAGGACAGCAGACAGAAACUACAAAUUAG